AUGUCAGAAAUUGACGAUAAUUCUGUUGCAACUGAUGAUUACAACCAUGGAGAAACAACAUCAACGAAGUCUGUUAAUUAUCAUCAUGGGCAAAGAUAUACUCUGAAACUUAGUGAGAAACAAACCAAAGUUCUAAAGGCGAUUUGUGGUACUUUGAUAGGAUGUCUUGAUGAUUCUGAAAUAGAUUCAUUAUGUUUUAACACUGAAAACUCGACACCACCCUCCACCUCUGCCACCACUAAAAGAUAUUCUAUUAAUACUAGUGCUAUGAUGAUGUUAAAAAAUUCAGAAAAAAUACGUGAAUUUGCUAAAUUUGAUUUAUCAAAUUCAGAUGAAUUUAUUGAACGUGUUCUAGAUCGUUUAUCAAAAUGUUUAACAGUUGAAAAAUUAGCGCACAUCAGUGGAGUGUUGAAAAAACUUGGAUCUAAAGGUUUUAUAAAUGCUCAGAUUGCCAAUUAUAACAAACCAUUUUAUGGACUCACAAAGAAACAGCAAGAACAAGUUAUUUUGAAAUGGAGUACACACUCGACAGCUUCUACCAGAGAACUUUUCAGGACAUUUACAUUUUUCAUUUGUUCUACAUUUUGGUUAGAUCCAUAUGGAUUCAAUUCUCUAAUCGGUUAUCCUGGUCCAGAUCCUGAAGCAAACUCUUCACGGUUUACUUCACGUCAAUUUUCCACUUUCGAAUUUCUUAAAAUCAAUAACAACGAUGGUAUUGUUAUCAACACUUGUGGCGAGAGUAGCACCAAUACACAAAAUAAACCAAAAAAAGAUCAAAUUGACCAAGGAAUUGAAGCUGAUGGAACGAAUGGAAAGAAAUUGGAAGAGGAAGAUUUGAAUUAUGAUGUUGUGGUGGUAUCAAAUUUUACAGAAAAUGUAGAUGGUAAUCAUUAUGGAUCAAAAAUAGUUGUAGGAUCUCAUCAUCCUGCAUCUAUGGCUGCCAAUUUUCCAUGGAAUUCUACAUUUAAACAUAAACAAUUUAUGUUGGAAUACACACACAUUUCACCGCUACUUGUUAUAACACGUGACAGAGAUGCGGGAAGAAUUGUGAUUGAUUCACGUGGACAACCAAAGCUUUAUUAUAAGGUCAGUCAGCAUGAUUCCAAAAGUGCCGUGGCUGGUAUUAUUGCCAGCCUUAAGAUACUUGUUGCAGCUGGAGCAAAAAGAGUUGGAACAUGCCAAGCCGGAUUAGAAGAAUUUGAAGUUAGUGAUGAUGUGAAUCCGUUGAAUGAUGUUAAAUUUCAAUGCUAUCUUGAUAAAGUUAAAAAAAUUGGUGCUCCAUCAAAUCAAAUUUUACUUGGAAGCAUGCAUCAAAUGGGAACUUGUUGUAUGGGAGAUGAUCCGAUCAAAUCAGUUGUGAAUCCGACUGGAGAAACAUGGGAAGUCGAAAAUCUUUUUGUGGCUGAUUCCAGUAUAUUUCCAACUGCUAUAGGGAGACGAAGUUCUAUAAGAUGGUCUAUGAAUGAUGUUCCUAAACGAAAGCUGAACAGAUUAUCAUUAGGAAAUCCACUUUCCAACAGUUUUAAUGGCUCAUUCAAUUUACUCAAUCAAGGAUUUUGGUCAACAACAUCUUCAGUAGACUGGUGUGAAAAUAAUUAUCAAUAUUCACAUUAUAUUGCAGAAUUUUGGAAUUCAGUAUCUAGUUUAGCAAUGAUAAUUUUUGGAGAAAUUGGAGCAAGAAUGAAUCCAUCAAAUGAAUUGUUUCAAUUUCAAUUAGCUUUUAGAUUAAUUUCCAUUGUUGGGGUUGGUAGUUUAUUAUUUCAUGGAACAUUAACAAGCCAAACACAAGCACUUGAUGAAGUUCCAAUGGUUUUGUCAGCGUUAAUGAUAAUGCAUCCAUUGAUUGAAACUAAUUUUGGUAAGCAAGGAAUUUGGUUGCCAAUUGUAUUGGUAUCAGACGCAAUAUUAUGUACACUUGCAGUUACAAUUGCAAAAGGAGAUCUACAAUUUAUAUUUUUUCAUUUUUCAUUUGGAUUAAUAGAAUUGAUAUCAUUCAUAUUAAUGUUACGUAUAUAUAGAUCAAAAAAACAAUCUCACCCAUUUAUAAAGUAUUUAUUUGAAAGAGGGGCCUUAGUUUAUUUCAUUGCUAUAAUCAUUUGGAUGAUAGAUUUAAAUUUAUGUGAAUAUGUCAAUGGAGGCACUAGAUCCAUAUUACCAUUUAAUCUACAACUACAUGCUAUUUGGCAUUUAUUAGCAAGUUUUGGCUUGUAUCUAUUAGUUUUAUUGACUUUAUAUAAUUGGCUUUGUGAAAAUGGUAAAAAAUGUGUCAUUAGUUAUAGAUUUGGUGGAAUUAUACCAUUAAUUGAAAUUAAUGAUGAUUAUAAAAAAUAA